AGCACGAGUGGCCAACCUGAUGCCAGCACGAGCGGCUAACGUGAUGCCAGCACGAGCGGCCAACCUGAUGCCAGCACGAGUGGCCAACCUGAUGCCAGCACGAGCGGCUAACGUGAUGCCAGCACGAGCGGCCAACCUGAUGCCGGCACGUGAGGCCAACCUGAUGCCAGCACGUGAGGCCAACCUGAUGCCACCACGUGGGCCCAACGUGUGGCCAGCACGAGCGGCCGACCUGUGGCAAGUACGUGCGCACAUACAUGUGUCACCACGUGUGGCCAACUUGGUGCAAGCACGUAUUAACAACGAGUUAGCAGAACGUGCGGCCACCCUGCGUGCGCGUGCGGCCAAUCGGAUGCAAGCACUUAUGGUGAACCUGCCGCCAGCACCUGCGGUUAACCCGCCGCCAGCACCUGCGGUCAACCCGCCGCCAGCACCUGCGGUCAACCCGCCGCCUCCGCGUAGACCUGCGCCGCUGUAUCUGCCUGCCAAAAGACCAGCAUUUGGCUUAGAGGGAGCGGGAUCAAAACGGAAUAGGACGAGCGACCCGGGCGAAGGCCCUAGCGACAGAUCUAACAGCAGGGUGAGAAAUAGACCAUGGCUGGAUGAAGCAGAGAAAGAUAUUCCGAUCAUUUUGGACGACAACAAAAAUAACUGUAAAUACCAACGGAUACGAUUUAUUGGCAAGGGUGGAUUUGGGAUUUGCUAUAAAAUAAGAGAAAUGGCCACAGACAAAACGUUUGCGGCUAAAGUCAUAGCCAAGAAAAUGUUGACGAAGGUAACACUGAAAAAAGCAUUAAAAAGGGAGAUUGAGAUCCACCGGCCGCUGACCCAUAAACAUGUGGUUGGAUUCCACAAUUCUUUUGAAGAUAUGAAAAAUAUUUACAUAAUCCUCGAAUAUUGUUCAAGCCGGUCAUUGUUGGACCUGCAAAUAAAAAGACACACCCUCACAGUGCCAGAGUGCCGGUACUUCAUUUAUGAAGUACUGCAAGGAGUAUUAUUUUUACACCAAAGAAAAAUUAUACACCGUGACUUAAAACCAGGAAACAUUUUCCUAAACGACCAACUCCAUAUUAAGAUAGGAGACUUCGGGUUGGCUACCAAAUUCAAUGCGAAGGAUGAUAGGACACAAACAUUUUGCGGGACGCCAAAUUACAUGGCCCCAGAAAUGAUGUCGGCCAGGGGACAUUCGUUUAAAGCCGAUAUAUGGAGCAUCGGCUGUAUGUUGUAUACUCUACUUGUUGGCACACCGCCUUUUGACGGCGCCGUGGUCGAGAACACAUAUACGAACAUCAGAUCUUGUUAUUAUAAAAUACCAUUGUCGGUUCACGAGGAAGCAGCGUCUCUCAUAAAAAUGGCGGUCCAGCGAAGUCCGGGGCGAAGACCAUCGGUGGACAAAAUGCUGAAACAUGAGUUUAUUCAUUCCAGCUUCCGACCUAUCUCCCUGCCUAGGUGCUGCUUCUACACUAGCCCCAAAAUCAAUGAACUAGACUUCGUAAAGAUCGACGAGCCACGCAAGAAUAAACCAAAUCCCGGGCCACCAGCCAAAAAAAAUGAGCGUGGCCGAAAAAAAUAUAAAUGUGAUGCAAACUCAACUUACCGCACUACUUGGUGCGGACUUUAAAAAGAUUAAAUGCCGUACUUCUUGCUUACCCGAUGAACUAAGCGAACCCGCGGCGCCGCCGUUGGUGUGGGUGUGCGAAUCGGUUUUGACCCCAGGUGUUGGCUUUGGAUAUACUCUGAGUAACAAAACCUGCGGAAUGCUAUUUGAAAACAACACCAACAUAUAUAUUAAUGACACCGAAAGGAAAGUCUAUUACAUCAACGAACAGGGACUGCAAACAGAGUCGCCGGUAGGUCCUAUGCCAGGAGACCUGCCCUUUCCAUUAAAGUUAAAAGCGGGAUUGAUAUUAACCAAGUACAUGUCUCGUUUAAAAGGUAGACGUGCAAGACCAAAUACAGCGUAUGUAAUAAGGGCUUAUAAAACCUCAGAGGCUACUGUAAUGCUGUUCAGCACGAGAAGCCUUCAAAUGGACUUUAACGACAACACGAAGUUGAUUAUAUGUCCGAAAAGGACAAUUUUGUAUGGAGAAGAAAAUUUAAGAGCAUUCCGCUUCCGCACAAUCAAAGAGCACGGCUGUCCGCAAAGUCUCAGGGACAAGCUGAAAUAUGCCCUAGAGGAACUGAACAAGCUUGCAACUAAACCAGACUAGACACAACAAGUUAGCCCAUCGGGUACAUAUCACUGAAGUAUAUUUAAGUAUACGUCCCCGGCACGAGCUAUGUCCAGAUAUU